AUGUGGUGCUGCAAGGAGCUUCUUGUCGACACUGGCCAGCCGCGACUUGAGAUACACGGCGACGAGGUUCCCACAUGGGCGUUGGUCGAUGUGGACGCGGGCACGAUGACUGUUCAUGUCAGCACACAGUCGGCGGGGGCGGCGCCUGUGAUGCCGCACUCUCUGCAGUGCACAGAGGCGCGUGUGCUGGUGGAGCGGUCUUUGAUGAGGCUGCUGACAACCGCCCGGAUGGAGGUGCGUCGUAGGCCGCAUGGCCAACAAGGACAAGGGGAAGAGGAAGAAGCGAGGGAGACGGGAGACGUGGUGCAGGGGGAAAUCCAUGACGAGGCCCCAGCGGGUGAGGGAGGAGGGUGA